AUGAUUCGACUACCUCCAGGUGUUUCGUUCCUGGUCCGAGGAGCUGUUCUCAUUGCAGCUCCACCAGCCUUCGUCAUCUAUCUGAACAACUUCCUUUCACGUCACUUCCAGCAUACUUUACCUACAUGGAUUGCCGUUCUUGCAGCUGUACUGAGCACCCCUAUCAUCAUUGUGCUCAAUAAUUGGCUACGAAGCUGGCGAAUACGCCGAGCUGCAGUACGUCUUGGAGCAGUUCUUCCACCGCGAUGGGAUGGGAAAUGGAUCGGAAAUAUUGAUCUUCUCAGGAAGUCCAUGGAUGCCUUCCUUAAUGGGUACCCUGGUGAUAACUUCGUUGAUAAGAUUGACGAAUUGGGUCCUACUUUCCAGAUCAAUAUUCUAGGAGCAACAGAAUAUAGUACGUGUGAUCCUGACGUCAUCAAGCUCGUGCUUGCCACCGACUUCAACAAUUACGUUAAAGGCGAAUUUUUCUAUAAUAUGAUGCAUUCUGUCCUCGGAACAGGCGUCUUCAACUCUGAUGGCGAGAGAUGGAAGUUCCAUCGUUCUAUGACACGUCCAUUCUUUAGCAAGGACAGGAUCAGCCAUUUCGAAUUAUUCGACAGACAUACCGAGGAGGCUAUUAUGAAGAUGAAGGAACGGCUGCAUGAAGGGCGCGGUAUCGACUUCCAAGAUCUCAUUGCCCGCUUCACGCUCGAUUCGGCGACGGAGUUCCUCUUCGGUCACUGCGUCCACAGCAUGGAGUCGCCACUUCCCUACCCGCACAACGUCAUCACAUCUCAUACUGUUGCUAAGUCUCAGAGUUCUGAGUUCGCGGUCGCCUUUGGAGAGGCUCUGCAAGUGCUUAGUAUCCGUGCGCGUAGUGGGUGGACCUGGGGUUUGUUCGAAGUCUUCCAGAACAAGACGGACAAGUUCAUGAAAGUUGUGGACUUAUUCCUCGACCCGAUCUUGAAGGACGCGUUGUCGAAGAAGGAGAUGCGCAUGAAAGAGGCAAGUAAGCAGGAAGAAAAGCUGGAUGAAGACAAUGAGACGAUGCUGGACCAUAUGACGAGGUUCACAUCCGACCCAGUCAUUCUCCACGACGAGGUGCUCAACAUUCUUCUGGCUGGUAGGGACACGACUGCGGCAUCGCUUACCUUCGUUGUUUACUUCCUGGGCAUGUACCCUCGUGUUCUCGAGAGACUCCGUUCGGAAAUUUUGGAGAAAGUCGGUCCAAUCAGUCGUCCCACAUACCAAGACAUCAGGGAGAUGAAAUAUCUUAGAGCCGUGAUAAAUGAAACGCUGAGGCUGUACCCUGUUGUGCCGUUCAACGUCCGAUCUUCUUUGAAGGAAUCGACGUUACCUAAUCGUGACCCUACUGGAAAGCCCUUCUAUAUUCCGCCGAAUACGGGGAUCUCGUAUUCCGUCCUCCAGAUGCAUCGCCGAACUGAGUAUUGGGGUCCGGAUGCACUGCAAUUCGAUCCCGACCGCUUCUUGGACGAUCGUGUUGCGAAAUACCUGACACCGAACCCCUUCAUCUUCCUCCCGUUCAACGCCGGUCCGCGUAUCUGCCUCGGCCAACAGUUCGCUUAUAAUGAGAUGUCGUUCUUCCUGAUCCGUCUCCUGCAGAACUUCUCCAGCAUCACGCUCGACCCUGACUCGCAUGAGCCUGGUACCCUGCCGCCGAAGGAGUGGGCCGGCGCGCGAGGCCGCAAGGGCAUCGAGCGAUUCUGGCCGAAAGUGCAUCUCACCAUGUACUCAUACGGCGGGUUGUGGGUGAAGAUGACCGAAGCGAAUAACGAAGUCUGA